AUGGAACUGACGGUACGUACAGGUCUACAGAACAAAGAACCGACAAAGCGCUCGGACAGAAAGGAUCAACACGACAUCAACUGUUUCGUUGCUAAACAACACGUGCAAUCUACGCGUGAUGCCACACAUCCAACAAAUGAACAAACUUUAGCAGCACAUACCAUGAUGGACGUGACCUCACUGAUCCCCUUGGAAGCAAUUGAGGAUGUGCAUAUCCUUCACUCCCAUUCAACGGCCACAAAAAUCACGAUGCAACGUUUAGAGAUGACGGCACGUGGAUAUUACAUGUUAGGGUCUCCCCGCACUGAUCUUCUACUCCACCUGAUUCAGUUCAAUUUCACCAGAGCACUCAUGGAAAACACUACGGUCUUAGGCCUCACAUCAGAUCAGCUGCACGAUGAUGCUAUCUCACCAUUUAAUAUUGCUGGCCCAUGGCAAUGUGACUUUGAGAGCUCACUUCCACCCAGUCUACAACCCACUAUGAUCCAACGCUCUAUUCCACACCACCCGUGGCUAGAUUUGCUUCCAGUUCCGCAGAUGAGGGAUAAUCUGAUCCAAGCUGGAGACUUUGAGGAGGAAACCCAGCUCUGCCUGGAUAUGAAGGGGAGUGGGAAUACUUACCCGGAGAGGACUGGGAUCAUUGUUUGGAGUGAUCCUUGGGAUCCGGCGGGGUGGGAGGUUACGGAGUCUUUUGCUUGUUCUUGGGGGUGGAUUAUCAAAGACUGUCUUGACUUGGCGCAUUCCACAAACCGGUGGCGGGCAAUACGGAAUGAAAGACCGCUGUUUUGUGUGAAUUGA